AUGAACCAUGUCUCUCGGCAGACGUUACGCGGAGUAACACGUCUCAAUUCAAGAUCAUUUCCGUUUUCAUACCACCAUCCAUAUCGACGCUGGAUGCACUCAUCAGAAUGCAGAAAUGUGAACUCCUCUCACCGUCGCAGUCACACUCUUGCGGAGCUGCGCCCUGUCCAGCCCAAGAGUGAAUCUCCCGCAAAGGGGGCGAAGAAGUCUCCUUUAUCGAUUUUACCACUUGGCAUGGUAAUUCGUUCUUUUCUCAUCACAUCGAUAUAUUCGUCUUUCAUACUUCAAGAUUUGUCCCUCCGCAUUCUCUGGGUUAUCGCCCACUCAGAUAAUGCUCUCCUCAAUCCGGAUAAGAAUUUCAUUCUCAACUUCCUGCUCAGAAAGUCCUUCUAUGCUCAAUUUUGCGCUGGCGAGACUCCUACCCAAGUACAACGUACCGUCAAACGCUUGAAAGACAUCGGUUUCGGGGGGGUUAUCUUGACGCACGCCAAAGAAGCUACCCAUGAGAAUGAAGCAGAGGCUGCUGCUAUCUCAGACCCAAGUGUGGAAACACCUCAUGAUGUCACGGCCGAUAUCAUACCUUGGGUCAACAGCAUCGUUGAGACUAUCAAUAUGGCUGACCCUGGUAACUAUGUUGCGCUCAAACUCUCUGGUGCUGGCCGUCUAGCAUUAUACAACUUGUCUCAGAACAGGAAUCCCUCUCCAUAUCUCUCAAAAUCCCUGGACGAGAUUUGCAACCUGGCCCAACAACGAGAUGUCAGUAUUCUCGUUGACGCCGAGCACGAUGCACAACAAGAGGGGAUUGACAGCUGGACCAUAAUUUACGCUCGCCGAUACAACACCAAUACUGCAAUAAUCUACGGGACCUACCAAGCGUACAGAAGAGUCACACCGACGACUAUAUCACGACAUCUUGCAGAAGCUCAGAAAGGCGGCUUUACUCUCGGUGUGAAACUUGUACGCGGAGCUUACCUCGGUUCUGACCCUCGGGAAUGCUUCUAUGAUACCAAGGCCGAGACAGAUAAUUGCUAUAAUGCAAUCUCCGAGUCUAUCCUUACUCGACAGUGGAGUCCAGUUGUCCGCGGGAACGGGAAUUUCCCAGAUACUCAUCUUGUUCUGGCUACCCACAAUGCCGAGUCUGUACACAAAGCCCGUGCUAUCUGCAACAGGGGUGAGGCCAAGUCGGGCAUUGUCUUUGCUCAGUUACAGGGCAUGGCUGAUGAGCUCGGAUGCGAGCUCAUACAAGCUGGCGCUGGUGGUUCCCCAGUUGCUUUGCCGGCGUAUAAAUAUCUUGUUUGGGGAAGUACUUCGGAGUGUAUGAAGUAUCUUUUACGGCGUGCGUAUGAGAAUCGGGAUGCUGUUCAACGUACGCACAGUGGUCGCAAAGCUUUGUGGUCUGAGCUUGUUCGGAGGUUCAAGCUAGCUCUGUCCCUUCCACACUGA